AUGGGGACCGGGCGAGUGGGCGGCCGUCCCCCUGGCCUCUGCAAGACACGAUCAGACGAAACGAGAGGCGGUAACGUCGCGUAUCUGCGUAUCUCUGCUAUCUCUGCUAUCUGGACGGCGUGUCUACCGCGCAGAGACUUGCUCGGACGGUAUCUUGAGGUCACUGUCUCGCUCCUGGCGCGAGUCCUUGUCGAGGCCGUAGACUUAGCGGACGGAGCAGAGGAAGAACCGCAGAAGAGCCGGAGAAAAAAAGUCGGAUGCAAGUCAGGUGAGGCCGUCAUGCAACCGCGCGGCCCGAGUGUUUACAAACAAAUAUCCCUAGAUUCUCACCACCCAGCAGAAGCAGGACGGCGGCGGACAAGAGACGCUGCUGAGAGACGCUCGUCGAGCCCGUUUACGGCCAGCAGACGCUCGCAAACCUGGCGAUGGCAAGCAGUUUCAGGCUUUCGUCCCGCGAAACGUCGUACCGCUUCCACGUCGGCCAUCCCAGCGAUCCCGUCAAGCAACUCGAGGCCAUUGGGCCGCCGAGGCCGCCAGGUCGAACUCGCUGGCUGCACCAAGAUACUAGAUGCCUGCAACGACAUGCAGAGACUGCGUCGAGCUGCACAUCUCGCUCUGUCCUGCGGUUGGGCCUGGCGAGAAGUGCUGCUCUGA